CCGGCCGCCCCGUGGGCUCCGCCCCUGCGCGCGCUGGUUGGUUCUCGCCGGCUGAUGAAAUUUCCCGUACGCAUUACAGAAGCCAGACCGGUGUAAGCGCCAGUAGCUCCUCCGCCCGGCACGCCAUCCACCUUCCGACACGCCAUCCACCUUCCGACACGCCAUCCACCUUCCGACACGCCGUCGGCAGACCUGGCCUCCGCGGCCCACAUCGCCCCCGACCCGCUUGCGGCUAGACUUUCUUCAAUAACAUCUGGAUACAUCACUUGGAGAGAGCUUAUAGUUUCAUUGCACCAUGUGUGGCAUUUGGGCCCUGUUUGGCAGUGAUGACUGCCUUUCUGUUCAGUGUCUGAGUGCUAUGAAGAUUGCACACAGGGGUCCAGAUGCAUUUCGUUUUGAGAAUGUCAAUGGAUACACCAACUGCUGCUUUGGAUUUCACCGGUUGGCAGUAGUGGACCCUCUGUUUGGAAUGCAGCCAAUUCGAGUGAGAAAAUAUCCGUAUUUGUGGCUCUGUUACAAUGGUGAGAUCUACAAUCAUAGGAAGAUGCAACAGCAUUUUGGAUUUGAAUACCAGACCAACGUGGAUGGUGAGAUAAUCCUUCAUCUUUAUAACAAAGGUGGAAUUGAGCAAACAGUUUCUAUGUUGGAUGGUGUGUUUGCAUUUAUUCUACUGGAUACUGCCAAUAAGAAAGUGUUCCUGGGCAGAGAUACAUAUGGAGUCAGACCUUUGUUUAAAACAAUGGCAGAAGACGGAUUUUUGGCUGUAUGUUCAGAAGCUAAAGGUCUUGUUACGUUGAAGCACUCUUCAACUCCCUUUUUAAAAGUGGAGCCUUUUCUUCCUGGACACUAUGAAGUUUUGGAUUUAAAGCCAAAUGGCAAAGUUGCGUCUGUGGAAAUGGUUAAAUAUCAUCACUAUCGGGAUGAACCCCUGCACGCCCUCUAUGACAAUGUGGAGAAACUCUUUCCAGGUUUUGAGAUAGAAACAGUGAAGAACAACAUCCGGAUCCUUUUUAAUAAUGCUGUAAAGAAGCGUUUGAUGACAGACCGGAGGAUUGGCUGCCUUUUAUCAGGGGGCCUGGACUCCAGCUUGGUUGCUGCCACCCUGUUGAAGCAGAUGAAAGAGGACCAAGUACAGUAUCCCCUCCAGACAUUUGCAAUUGGCAUGGAAGACAGCCCCGAUUUACUGGCAGCUAGAAAGGUAGCAAAUCAUAUUGGAAGUGAGCAUCAUGAAGUCCUCUUCAACUCAGAGGAAGGCAUUCAGGCUCUGGAUGAAGUCAUAUUUUCCUUGGAAACUUACGAUAUUACAACAGUUCGUGCGUCAGUAGGUAUGUAUUUAAUUUCCAAGUAUAUUCGGAAGAACACAGAUAGUGUGGUGAUCUUCUCUGGAGAGGGAUCAGACGAACUCACGCAGGGUUACAUAUAUUUUCACAAGGCUCCUUCUCCUGAAAAAGCUGAGGAAGAGAGUGAGAGGCUCCUGAGGGAACUCUAUUUGUUUGAUGUUCUCCGCGCAGACCGAACUACUGCAGCCCACGGCCUUGAACUGAGAGUCCCAUUUCUAGAUCAUCGAUUUUCUUCCUAUUACUUGUCUCUGCCACCAGAAUUGAGAAUUCCAAAGAAUGGGAUAGAAAAACAUCUGCUGAGAGAGACAUUUGAGGACUCCAAUCUGAUACCCAAAGAAAUUCUCUGGCGACCAAAAGAAGCCUUCAGUGAUGGCAUAACUUCAGUUAAGAAUUCCUGGUUCAAGAUUUUGCAGGAAUACAUUGAACAUCAGGUUGAUGAUGCAAUGAUGGCAAAUGCAGCCCAGAAAUAUCCCUUCAAUACUCCCAAAACCAAAGAAGGAUAUUACUAUCGUCAAAUCUUUGAACGCCAUUACCCAGGUCGGGCUUACUGGCUGAGCCAUUACUGGAUGCCCAAGUGGAUAAAUGCCACUGACCCUUCCGCCCGCACACUGACCCACUACAAGUCAGCUGCCAAAGCUUAGGUGCUCUUCGUGCUGUAAUUGUUGUUCUUGUUGUAAAGGUACUAUGCAAAUAUUUCUUCUUGUUGUGUGAGUACCAUAAUUAGAUGGGGGAGCAAUGAAAGCCAACUCAGGCUAACUUGAAAAAAAUAAAAGUCCUAAAUCU